CGGGACUCGGGAGCCGAGCACCAGGGAGCCCGGCCUCAGCGAGAGCCCUCAGGCCGCCCGUCCGCCAACCCCGGGGCUCACUCACUCACUCACUCUCACCAGAUCAAGAAGGCAAAAUGAAGUUGAAGCAGAUUGAGAGGACGGCCAUUCAGUCCUGGAGCCCUGCUUCCCACCAUCCCCUAUAUUUGGCCACAGGUACCUCAGCACAACAACUGGACGCCACCUUCAGCACAAAUGCGGCGCUGGAGAUCUUUGAAUUGGACUUUUCUGAGCCUUCUUUAGAUACAAAACUACGAGGGUCUCUGCCUGCUACUAGCAGAUUUCACAAACUGAUCUGGAGCAACCAUGAUGUCGGCUCCGACGGAGUCAUAGCAGCAGGUGGAGACACUGGUACCGUCACGCUUUACAAUGCAGAGCAGAUCCUGGCAUCAGGAAGUGAUCCCAUCGUGGGACAGAGCGAGAAGCACACAGGCCCGGUCCGAGCAUUGGAUUUCAAUCCCUUCCAGAAUAACCUGAUGGCUUCUGGAGCGAGUGAUUCUGAGAUAUAUAUCUGGGAUUUAAAUAACUUCAGCACGCCAAUGACACCAGGAGCAAAAUCUCAGCAGAGAGAGCCAUCUGAAGACAUCAGCUGUGUGGCCUGGAAUCGCCAGGUGCAGCACAUUCUGGCGUCUGCACAUCCGAGCGGCAGAGCUGUGGUGUGGGACCUCAGGAAGAACGAACCCAUCAUCAAAGUCAGCGACCACAGCAACAGGAUGCGUUGCUCUGGAAUGGCCUGGAACCCCGAGGUUGCAACUCAACUGGUGCUUGCAUCCGAGGAUGACCGGAUGCCAGUAUUACAGAUCUGGGACCUGCGAUUCGCUACGUCACCUCUCAAAAUGCUGGAGAGCCACCACAGAGGUAUCCUGUCCAUAUCAUGGUGCCAAGCUGACGCAGAGCUGCUGUUGAGCAGUGCAAAGGAUAAUCGAAUCCUGUGCUGGAAUCCCAACACCGGAGAGGUGGUUUACGAGCUGCCGACGAGCAACCAGUGGUGCUUUGACGUGCAGUGGUGCCCUCGAAAUCCAGCUGUUCUCUCGGCCGCUUCCUUCGACGGACGGAUCAGUGUUUACUCUGUCAUGGGAGGGAGCCUGGCCGCACAGAAACAAAGCCACAUUGAGAAGAUUUCAUCCUCAUUCAAUAACCUGGACCCAUUUGGCACUGGACAGUCGCUCCCUCCGCUGGAUGUGCCACACAAGGCGGGUCAGGCUAGCGUGGUUCUUCCUUUGAAGAAGCCACCCAAAUGGAUCCGGAGACCAAUCGGGGCUUCGUUUUCUUUCGGAGGAAAGCUGAUCACCUUCAGCAGCCCCAAACCUGGGCCACCCCAGGCUCAGCAGCCCGCUCCCCGCCAGGUGUUUGUCAGCGUGGUCACCACAGAGACGGAAUUUCUGCAUCGCUCCAGUGAGCUCCAAACAGCACUCCAAUCCGGGGCCUUCGUCAGUUACUGCCAGUCCAAGAUUAAUGCGGCACCCACAGAGUUUGAGCAGAGCAUCUGGAACUUCCUAAAGGUAAACUUUGAACAAGAUCCUCGGACAAAGUACUUGAAACUACUUGGAUACAAUAAGGAAGAGCUUGACAAGAAGAUCUCCUCCUCUGCAGGGAGCAGUGCGCAGGCGAAAGGCCCAGAGGCCGAUGGUACUGAGAGCACGCAGAAGAUGCAGGGGGUCUCCAUUCAGAGUUCAAGCUCCGAGGAGUCGAUUGCCGUAGGAGAUGGCUCCAUUAUGUCCGACUUCUUCGACAAUAUUCCAGUGGAAAAGCCCAAGUUCGAGAUCCCAAUUUCAGGAGAUACCGAUGGAUUGAUCAGCCAGGCCCUCUUGGUGGGGAACUUUGAAGGCGCUGUGGAGUUGUGUCUGAAGGACGAACGUUUUGCUGAUGCCAUCAUUCUGGCCAUCGCUGGGGGAGAGGACCUUCUUGCCCAGACACAGAGGAGAUAUUUUGCAAAAAAAAAGACAAAACUUUCCAGGCUUGUCUCCUCCGUAGUGACCCAUAAUUGGAGGGACAUUGUCCAGUCGUGUGACUUGGACAAUUGGAAAGAAGCCUUAGCCGCUCUUUUGACUUACGCCAAACCAGAAGAGUUCCCCUUGCUGUGCGAUACGUUGGGCUUCCGACUGGAGCUGGAGAGUGAGAAGCUGUGUGUUCAGGCCUGCCUUUGCUACAUCUGCUCUGGAAAUGUGGAGAAACUGGUGGAAUGCUGGGUCAAGACACAUGAAAGUGCAACUCCACUAGCUCUGGAGGAUCUCGUGGAGAAGGUGAUGGUUCUGAAGAGGGCAAUCGAGAUACUCCAAGGGUCAGAGGUGUCAGCAGAGGGCCCAGUCUUUGCAAAAAAGCUUACACAGUAUGCCAGCUUACUGGCGUCUCAAGGAAGCUUGGAAGCAGCUAUGAGUUACCUCCCCACCGCUUCGAAUCAGUUGACAAUACUCCAGCUCCGAGACAGGCUGUUCCACGCUCAGGGAGAGGAUCAGACCGGGCACCAGGCUCCAGCUUUUCCAUUCAACCGGGUGGCAACGGGGAAAGUGCGUUCAGCUUCCACUCCCGCUCCUGCCUCAACACGACAAACACCACCUCAGAGAGGACCCCAGCAGCCCAUUCAGCAGACUCCAUACCACACUUCCUAUUGUCCUCCCACCCAGCUGCACCCCUCAGACCCCGCAGGUUUCUGUCCGCAGCCCAGCGCACCCCCAGGUGUGGAACCCGGCACAGUUACCAACAUGUUCCCCAGACCGGGAGCUUCCCACUAUCCUGCUGCAGCUCAUGUGCCAGGUUUCGGACAGCCAAGGGCUUCUCUGAGUGGACCAGCGGGCUAUCCCUCACACAGUCCACUUCCAGGUUCAGGCCUGACUGGCCCAACUCUACCCAUUGCCUCCCUGAGCGGACCUACAAUGCCCAGCGUACCCAUGCCAGGACCCUCUUUUGUGGCCCCCAUCACCAGGCCAUCCUAUGAGCCAUCUAACCCUCUACUGUCUCCUUCGCAUCCCAGGCCACCCCCCAAUUUCCCAGGUCAUCCCCAGAUGCAGCCCCAACACCCUACAUCUCUGCCAGGCCUCCAGUCUCCUUUCCUCUACCCCACUGGAGCAGGGGGCCCUGGAGUUCCUUCGUCUAAGUUAUUGAAGUCCACUACUAUUCCUCCUCCUCCUUCAACAGGAUUCCUUCCGUGGCUACAAAAUCGUCCUUAUCCAGCAGGGUUCCACGAUGGGUGGAAUGAUCCCCCUGCAGUACGGGCGGGACAAAGAAAGAAAGUGCUACCAGACAACUAUGCUCCUCCGGCUCCCAUCACAGCUCCUGUGGUGAAUUACACUCCAGAUAGCCAGCAGCACCUGCUACCCCAGGCCUUGGGGUCUCAGGAAACCAAUCAAGGCCCUCCAGGGGCACCCAAAGAAGCCAACCUACAGCCGCUGCAACAGCUGCCGACAGAGAAGAUUGUGAAGAAGCAGAUUCCUGAAGAGCACAUGGUGUUGAAGAUGACCCUUGACAGGCUGGUCCAACGCUGUCUUUUAUCAGCCAGUGACCCUCAAACUAAGAGGAAGUUGGACGAUGCCGCCAAGCGACUGGAGAAUCUAUACGACAAACUGCGGGACCAGUCGCUCUCUGUGCACAUACUGAGCGGGCUGCAUGAAAUUGUGCGCAACAUUGAAGUGAAGAGGUACCAGAACGCCCUGGCUGUACACACGCAGAUCGUCAGCAGCAGCAACUUCAGCGAGAUCUCCGCCUUCAUGCCAGUUCUGAAAGUGGUGGUGACCAUCGCCAGCAAACUCAACGUGUGAAGAGGACCUCCGAGCUCUUUAACCAGCCGACGAUUUCAGGACGGAGAAUGCACGGCGCGUUCCCGAGUGUUUUCUUUUACCUUUUUCUUCUUCAGUGUUUGGAUUAAGUGAAUAUGGAGAAAGUGUUAACGUUUUGCAGUAUCUAAUGCCGCCUAUCUUUGAAAGUUCAGCUUUGUUUCUGUGAAAUACAUUGGAGGGUGUGGGGGGAGGAGGAGUUGGCAGGGGAGUGGCGCAGUUGCGUUUGCUUAGAAAGGAAGCGAACUGGGUUGCAUCCGGUACAUUUAAAUUACAGUUCUCUUCAGAGAGCUUUGUUGGUCAAUACACAUUGAGAGGGUCCAGUCUAUGAGCUUCAAGUCUGUACUUGCCUCACAAUAGGCUAUAAGCUAUUUGUUUGCUCAAUUGGGCAAGACGUGUGCGUAGCUCCUUACGUUGAGGGGAUGCUUUUUCUCUCCUGCAGCUACUGAUAUCCUGUAACUGGAUAUCAGUAAUGCCAACAGCUACUUAAUGCUGGUUGAGUGCCUACUGAGAGCUGACUGAAGUACUGUGAUCGAAUUGUGUACGCACGUGAUAUCCACAGAAUUGGACCCACGAUACUGUGCACAGAAGCCCUCACUGGGUUUGGGACUGUAUCCUUAGCCAUGAAUGCCUGGGCAGGAAGGGGGUGGGGGGCGGGAAUUGCGUGACAAUAAAAUAUUUCACCUGGGAAUUGGUAAGUUUGGGGAGAUGGGUUUGUUCUCUUUACAUAUAUAUAUAUAUUUUUAUAGUCCUAUAAUACUUGAGCAAAUUAUUGUAAACUUCCCCCUCCGCUCCCACCACCAUCUCUCUUUAAAGCAUUAUCCUUUCGGUCAAAUUUGUAGUGUAUUGUGUGUGUGUGUGUGAGGGGGUGGGGGGGGGGGUGGGGGCUGUUAUCUGGAUGCCACAUCACACUCCUUUUUAAAUUCCCGUCCUGUCUUCGAGUUGAUGGGUAUUUCAGUAUCCUCGAAUUCUGAUUACAGUGCUGUUCGGAGUUACAGAUGUCCAGUUGCUACCAGCUUUACUUACGGAACCCAUGUGGAGCAGAGAUUCGUACACACAGUCCGCAUGAUUGCUCUUUGGAAAGGCCAAGACUCGUUGCCAAAGUCCCAACUCUUUUGCACUUCUGAAUCUGAGAGGUCAGUCCCUUUCUUGUCUUGUUGACAGAUGCCUUCCAUCCCCGAGGACUUUCUGCUUCCAGCAAAAUGGCUGUACGAUUGGACAUUUUUUUCCCCCGGAGUGAGAAUGCUCGAGUUAUUUCUGCCCUAUCAGUGUGCAGCUUCUUUCAGAUCUCACGGAAAAGAAGUCAGUUAGCUCCAAAGGCACUCUUAAAACGCCCAUACGCAGCCUUGCCUGCAAUAAUAUUUAUGAACGUAUUGCCACAAUAGAAUAUUUUUUUCAUUCAAUAUUGUGUAUAUGAAAAAAUAUUA